AUGACUGUGGCCGGCUGGCGAGUGGUGAUGCCGUCACACUCGGUGUUGGCAGCGGAUGGAGCCAAGGGGCGGGACUUGGGAGAUAUUUUGGAGGUCCUCUCACCUCUCUCUGACUCCAUCCUGGCUGAGAAGACAGUGAUUAUCCUGGAUGACCGCGUCACCAUCGCAGACCUGGGCGUGCAGCUGGUGGCAGGCUUGUCCCUUUCUUUGCAGCCUCACAGGGUGGACAGAAGAGCCAUCGUCUCAACAGCGGUGGCCCAGGACAUCCUUCAAGCCCCACGGCAGAUGCGUCAUGUGAUCUUGCAAGCUCUUUCUGGAAAAUUCAAAGUCAAAUUCUGUUAUAGGACGUUCGAGGGUGAGGGGCAAGGGCCCUUGAUUAAGUUAGAAAUGAUGAUUAGUGAGCCUUGUCAGAAGACCAAAAGGAAGAGUGUCCUUGCCGUGGGCAAAGGCAACGUCAAGGUCAAAUUUGAACCAAACACCGAUGAGCACCAAGGAGGUACCAAUGAUAUCGAGGGCAUCAGCCGGGAAUACAAAGACCACCUCGGGAGUUCCAUACAGCGUGAAGGAAACCAGGAGAGAGUGGUUCAGGGGUGGUUCCAACAUGGCGCCUCCGUUGGCCAAGUGGAAAGUUCCAACAAAAGCACAACCCCUCAGUCUCCAUGGGGAGAAAAGAAGAAGUUAAUCAAGGGCGGUGGCCCAGACUCCUUCACAAGCUUCCCCGCUCAAGGGAAGUUGCCGGAACCCAAUAAUCCCAGUGACCUAACGGUGACCUCUAGGGGGCUAACAGACUUGGAGAUCGGCAUGUACGCUCUGCUCUGCGUCUUCUGCCUGGCCAUCCUGGUCUUCCUAAUCAACUGUGUGGCGUUCGCUUGGAAAUACAGACACAAAAGAUUUGCUGUGAGCGAGCAAGGCAACAUCCCCCAUUCCCAUGACUGGGUCUGGCUCGGGAAUGACGUGGAGCUCCUGGAGAACCCUGUGGACAUCACUCUGUCGUUGGAGGAGUGCACCACCAUGAUAGACAGGGGGCUGCAGUCUGAAAGAUGACUGAAUUCAGGCGCCCUAUUUGUGGUGAGCACUGCCCUGGCUUUGGCCUGUUGGGCUGCUAGGCAGAGGGCUGGGACUGAGGUGUGGCUGGUUGCUAGAGACGUGCACUGUGCAAGACUGAGUGAGCACCUCCCUAACGUCUGUGCCCUGGGCUCCUCAGUCCCCUCACUGUGGUUCCCGUCUUGCAUGUGCAACGGCAGCUAAUUUCUUUAGCUUCUGGAAUUCUUUGGAGACAUGACUAGGGAAACAAAUUUAGUCUUUUCUUCAAGAUCUGUUUGAUUGGCAUGUACCUUUUAUGUGCUGGGAUUUGUCAUGCCCUGUCAUUUACUGUGUGUCUGUGCUCAAUGCGUUUUCUUGUCCUCACUUCAGCGUUUAGUGACAGAACCUAAGUUCUCAUCCAUACUUUAUCUGUCUUAGUUCUACUUAUUGAAAUAUAUCUGAAUUGGACAGGAAGUUUUAUUUAAUAUAUGA